GUGGCACCCCUAAAGUCUGAAUCUCUUAAUUCUAUGCCAUGAUUCGUUAUUCAGUGGCACUUGGUUUACUUGCUGUGUGUGUGUUUUUUGCCUCCGACAAAGAUUUUCGGUGGAUUUCAGCUCUGUUGUUGCGAUUGCCGGAGUCACAUACGCUGUUACUGACUCCCGAAGAGCUCUCUCGAUACACGGGUACGCCGGAUAGCCCCGGGCUAUACCUAGCAGUACUGGGACAAGUGUUCGAUGUGAGCAGGGGUCGCAGGCACUACUCUCCGGGGGGCUCAUAUCACGUGUUUGCAGGCAAAGAUGGAUCACGAGCCUUUGUGACUGGAGACUUCACAGAGACUGGCUUAGUGGAUGAUUUAUCUGGACUGUCCCCAUUAGAAGUCCUUGUCAUAAAUGAUUGGCUAUCCUUUUAUAAAAAGGAAUAUCCAUUUGUUGGCAAGUUGAUUGGAAGAUUCUAUACUAACAAUGGAGAACCAACGGAAGCCCUCAAACAGGCCGAGACAUCUAUAUAUGAAGGUCAAAAGCUAAAAGCAAAGACUCAAUUGGACAACCUGCGCUUUCCUCCAUGUAACUCGGAGUGGAGUGCAGCAAGCGGUGGCAGAGUAUGGUGUACCACAAACAGUGGAGGUAUUCAGAGGAACUGGGCUGGGGUUCCUAGAAAACUCUACAGUCCAGGCAGCAGAGGCUUCCAUUGUGUUUGUGUGCAGGUUGUCAAUGACAUUUCCAGUCAGAACAAUAGAGGAGAACUUGACAAUCCAAACCUGCAAGUAUAUGACAACUGUCCUCCACUAGAAGAAUCCUGCAUCCUAAAAGGCUAAAAGCAAAUGAUUGCUGAUUUCCACAAAACUUCUUGGGACUAAAGGAAGGUGAAUGCAGUCUCCUGAAUUCUUGAUAUCUACUUCUGCCAGUGGUUUCCUAUUCAAAUUCCCCACAAGGACAUAACUUUAACAUUUCUGAAAGCUUUCUUGUAACUUUUAUUAAAAUGCUACGCUUUAUUUAAUUCAUACCUCAACUAAUGAGUGUACUACUAAGUUAAAAAGCUGCAACAGCCAAGCACCCAAAAUAUUUGGCUAACAUAGGAGACAGUCACUCAAUAUAAAAUAUAUUAUUUUUUUAAUUGAUGUUACAAAUAUGUGUGUUUAAAAUUUGGAAAAAAAAUAUUUUCAGUUGAAAGCAUUAGUUAACUGGAAAUGUUUUGGACAAUUUAAUUACACCCACAGUAUGUAAGCUGCAAGUAAUGGAUGACCCCACCAGAAUAUAAAAACUAAGUACCUUUAUCUCAUCAUGUGAAUGUAUUAUUCAGGCUAUAAGUAGUAAUAUUAUAGUUUAACUUCAUAAAAGAAUAUUGUACUUAUUUUACAUUGAUUAAUAAACUAUUCUUUUUUCACCAAGGACACCAAGAUUAGACAUAUAAAACAAAGGGUAGUUUUUUGUCCUUUUUGGACUAGCAGAUUUCAGUUUGUAUAUAUUAGUAGCAGAUUCCAAGCAGAGAGAAAAUCUUAAUUUGAAAUGAAAAAUUAUGGAUGUUAUAAAAUUUAUGUGAGGAGAAAGGGGUUAACAUCAAUAAAGUAUGUAUAAGUUGUAUUUAACUAGCUUGAAUAGUCCUGAAAUAUUGAUCAGGUAAUACACACAGUAUUCAAUAGUUCUACUAAGAAAAAAAAAAAAUUUGUAACAGCUUCUAAUCACAGUGUGCAAUAACAGACAAUGCUGAACAGAGAAAAAGUAUUUUUUUACCUUUUCAAAAGACAUUUUAAGCUUUCCUACAAUUUAUCUUUUGUUUCCUUUAAUGUAUUAACCUUGUCUUUUCCCAAUUUAUUUCUAUAAUUUUCUAAACUAAGCAUUUGUUUAAAAUAAAAUACAUUUUGUA